AUGUCCUCCCUCCUCGCCCCGCGCUCCAGCCCUGCGCCCGCACCCGCACCGCCUCCACCGUCCCACCUCCCUCCAGCGCACCACGCGUCGCUCCCGGCCGCCAUCGCAGGCGCAGACGCAGGCACAGGCGCAGGCCCCGGCAUCACGCACGGCUCGCCCUUCGCCGUGCACGCGUACGCGCCGCCGAGCGGCGCCCCCGGCUUCGCGGGCGACCGCGCGUGGGACAAGGGCUUCGCCUUCGACGGCCCCGCGCUCGAGAAGCGCAGCGUGCGCCUCGCGGGGCGCCGCGAGACCACGGACGCGGUGCUCUCCACCGAGCUCGCAGAUAAGAUCCGCCCGCACCUCCCGCCGCUCGCGCGCCUCCACAAGGCGUGGACGCUGCUCUACAGCCUCGACCAGCACGGGAUCUCGCUCCAGACGCUCUACGCGCGGUGUGAGGCGCACGCCGGCGGCGGUGGCGGCGGCGCGCUCGUCGUCGUGCGCGACGCGGGCGACGCGCUGUUCGGCGUGUGGCUGGGCGACGGCGUGCGCCCGUCCAAGGGCUCGUACUACGGCAGCGGCGAGUCGUUUCUGUGGAGGACGUCGGCGGGCGGGGACAGGCUCCACGUGUAUAAGUGGACGGGGAAGAACGACUACGUCGCGCUCUGCGAGCCCGAGUACCUCUCCUUCGGCGGCGGGGACGGCCACUACGGGCUCUAUCUCGACGACACGCUCCUCGACGGGUCCUCCGCGCGCUGCCCGACCUUCGCGAACGAGCCGCUGUGCGCGCCCGGCCCGCACAGGGGCGGCACGGUCGCGUUUGAGUGCGUCGGCCUCGAGGUGUGGGCCGUGGGCCCGUCGUGA